GAUAAACUCUGCGCUCCUAACAGCCUACCGUAGACUGCAGUGAGAUGUGUAUUGAAUGAAAACGUCAUCUAUGAAGCAGACUAAUUGCUGAUUGGACUUCAGGAACCUGAAGCCUGCUGAACUCCCCAGCCCCUCUGCUUUCCACCAUGGACCAGGAUUACGAGAGACGUCUCCUACGCCAAAUCAACAUACAGAAUGAAAACACAAUGCCUUGCGUAGCAGAGAUGAGAAGAACCCUGACGCCUUCCAAUUCUCCAAUGUCUUCUCCUAGUAAGCACGGUGACAGAUUCAUUCCCUCAAGAGCUGGGGCCAACUGGAGCAUCAACUUCCACAGAAUAAAUGAAAAUGAAAAAUCACCAAGUCAAAACAGAAAAGCAAAGGAUGCUACAUCGGACAAUGGCAAAGAUGGCCUUGCUUACUCUGCCUUGCUGAAGAACGAACUCUUAGGAGCAGGGAUCGAGAAAGUGCAAGACCCACAGACGGAAGACAGGAGGCUGCAGCCAUCCACCCCAGAGAAGAAGUCUCUCUUCACUUAUUCACUCAGCACAAAACGCUCUAGUCCAGAUGACGGCAACGAGGUCUCACCGUAUUCCCUGUCUCCUGUCAGCAACAAAAGUCAGAAGCUGCUAAGAUCACCUCGAAAACCAACUCGGAAAAUCUCAAAGAUUCCUUUCAAAGUGCUGGAUGCCCCAGAGCUGCAGGACGACUUCUACCUGAACCUGGUGGACUGGUCCUCUCUUAACGUCCUCAGCGUUGGCCUUGGGACUUGUGUUUACCUAUGGAGCGCUUGUACUAGCCAGGUAACCCGACUGUGUGAUCUCUCUGUGGAAGGAGAUUCUGUAACAUCGGUGGGCUGGUCAGAACGGGGGAACUUGGUAGCCGUUGGCACUCACAAGGGCUUUGUACAGAUCUGGGAUGCAGCUGCAGGAAAAAAGCUCUCCAUGCUAGAGGGGCACACAGCCAGAGUCGGUGCCUUGGCAUGGAACGCGGACCAGCUGUCUUCUGGGAGUCGAGACAGGAUGAUCCUUCAGAGGGACAUCCGCACCCCACCCCUGCAGUCUGAGCGGCGGCUCCAGGGCCACAGGCAGGAGGUCUGUGGGCUCAAAUGGUCUACGGACCACCAGCUCCUGGCCUCUGGAGGAAAUGAUAAUAAGCUCCUUGUCUGGAAUCACUCCAGCCUGAGUCCUGUCCAACAAUACACAGAGCAUCUCGCAGCAGUAAAAGCUAUCGCAUGGUCUCCCCACCAGCACGGACUCCUCGCCUCCGGCGGAGGGACAGCUGACCGCUGCAUACGCUUCUGGAACACGCUCACCGGGCAGCCUUUGCAGUGCAUCGACACUGGGUCGCAAGUGUGCAACCUGGCCUGGUCGAAACACGCCAACGAGCUAGUGAGUACCCACGGAUACUCGCAGAACCAGAUCCUUGUCUGGAAAUACCCUUCGUUAACUCAAGUAGCAAAGCUAACAGGACACUCGUACCGAGUCUUAUAUCUGGCAAUGUCCCCUGAUGGGGAGGCCAUAGUUACAGGAGCUGGAGAUGAAACCUUGCGCUUCUGGAAUGUCUUCAGUAAAACUCGUUCGACAAAGGAGUCUGUAUCCGUUCUCAACCUCUUCACCAGGAUACGAUAAACCCCAUGUACUGCGACCCAGGAGACUACAGCCUGACAUACCAGGAUAAAACCACUACCUUGGUGUGCAUGGAACCCCAAACGAUCAGCCAGAAGGGAAGGGAGUGCCAGUGGGACUGGAGGAUGGACCUAACGGAUGCUAAUUAAAAUACGUGCUUGUGAACCACGCUGGGCGGUAUUUGGGAUGGGGUUGGGGAGGGGAGGGAACUGCCAAAGGUUUACAGAUUCAUCCUUCGUAAAGGGAAACGGGUACAAGAGAAAUGUUAAACCAGCAUCCUCCAACCCUCGCGUUGUAUCCUGGAGAAAACAUGUGUGACAUGGACCAUUGAGACCGGACCAAGGCCAUCCCCGCUGCUGUGUUGUCCCCUCUUGGGAGAGAUGAGAGUAUCCUUGCCUCUGUGGGAACGGGUUUAACGUGCUGCUCUGGGUCCCUCUGUCCUCGGGUGGACAUCUGUGGAGGUAGGAGCCAGCCAGACUUGUUCAAUACAACUGGUGCAAGGGGGCUAAACUCCAGGCUGGGCGUUAGCCUCUCUGAUUAUCUAAGGACAUUGUUUAUAGCCUGGCAUCCCCGUUACAUGAAGAAACUGGAGAACUGCUUAUUUUCCUUUUUUUUUCUUUUUUUUUUCCUCCCCCCCGCCCCCCCUGCACAUAGGUACUGUAGUACUUGAUACAAUCAUUCCCGUACGACAGCUUGAUUUUUGGCAUGCUUGACAGCUGCCUUCAAACAAAUACAUUUUGGGGCUCUAAACUUUGGAGGAGACUUGGGGAGGCUCCACCUCAGAGGGAGCACAUUCAGAAAGUUCUGAAAUUGCUAUUGCAUGUUCUGGGCUGAUCCUUUUAGUUAACAGAGAGGAAAAACAAUGGCUUAAAAAAACAAAACAAAAAAAACCCCAACCAACAACCACCGUGCAUGUGGAGCUUCCCACAGUGCCGUUGGGGGCAGGCUGGUUGCUCUGGAGUCUUCCUGAGGGCAAAGGCAGUUGAGAUGCAUUUGAGAAACAAAACAACUCUCAUGGAUCUGUUCUUUGGAGAGAGCAUGGCCUCUUCUGGCUGGAAGGGGGGAAACACCGUGUCUGGGCGAGAGGGGGGUUCUUUUUCUAAAGCAAGGAAGAAGUGUUGCUUUUUUUUUUAUCUCCAGGUCAAAGCCAGGGACCUGUUGUUGGGUUUUUUUUGUUUUUUUUUUUUUUUUUUUUUUAAGUUGUAUGGGGAGAGAGUGCCUGCUUGUGUGUUUGGAGCCUGUGUGACGAGUGCCGUGGGAUGUGAUGCAAAGCACUUGUGUGUGUAUGUUGCUUUUAAUUUAAAGAGAAGCUGUUACGCUUGCAGCAGCCUGUUCCUGUCAUACUUUGUACGUGUGCCAACGCUCUCCCUGCCGUGCACCUGGCUCCUGCCUGCCUCCAGCCCUCUCCGGUGCACUGGGAUGUGAGUGCUGUUCUGCUGUUUCCUCCUCUCGUUGGGAUUUUCCUGGCUGUGUAUAUAGACCUUGACCUGUUCUCUGUAGAGUGCAUAGGCAAUACUUUUCUGUCUCUUCCGCCCCCUCCUCUCCUUCUUUCCCUGAAACCAGACCGUCGGGGUGGCGGUAGGAAUAUGACUGUCUCUCCCCAGUGCCACUGGUAUCCUUAGGGUGAGCUUCUGCGGUGUAGGGAGGCUGGUACGGAGAAGGGCAGUGAGAUGCCGUUCUGUUCACUACAGCCUUGACCGCGUGUGCCGUUACACCAGUGCCCGGCUCAGGCUCUUGGCGCUACCUCUGCGUGUCGCAGGUACUUAGAGGCACUCGUGAGGAGCUCGUGUGCCGGGAGCUCACCCCUCCUUAGCAGGCUGGCAGCAGUGAGUCUCCAAAGCCCAAACUGGCAGCCGUCUUGUCAUCUUACAGCCUCACUGGCCUCCGAAAUGUAAUUUCAAUGUAAUUUCUGGAACACGGUUUCAACACAAUUACUUGUGUAAUUGUUCACAAUUGUUCACAAGUUCUUGCUGCAGGAGCACGGGGCUUGGUUUAAAAAUCAUCUGGUGGCCUCCCGGCCCCUCUCUUGUUGCUUGUUACAUUCACUGGCACCGUUAAACUUUGUGUGGAAGGACCACGAAGCACUGAGGAGUUGUUAAAAUUAAGUCGGAUCAUUAAGUUGACAAGCAGGCUUGAAGUGAAAGGCCACCUGCAGCAAGACAUGGUCUGUCACGGGUGUCUGCGCCGUGUGAUAUCGCCCUGUUGGGCAGCAGAGCCUGGGGACAGGGGUGUUUACACCGGGGUGGAGGUGGUUGGUAGCUGCUGCGGUGGAUUUUCUUGUCUGUUGUGGAUUGUCUCCUGCCUAAAUCCCGACACGGAGACCCCCGGGAGACGCUGCUUUCUCCUCCAGGAAGAAACAGCUGGUUGGGGUGGGGGACAGACACGAGGUCUCAGCCGUGGGGUGGUUUCACGCUGGUUUGUGCCCGUUCUGGAGCAGGAGGAGGGAGC